CCGCGUCGAAUCGAAACGCACGCUUAAGCAUUGCAGUGAGGGUUCUUGCAAAUAGCGGAACGAUUUCUUUCUUGUUCUUAUCGAUCUCCUCAUCCCCUUCGAAGAAAAAGAAACGCCACAUGGACUCUAUCAACUCAAACCCUAACCCUAAUUCCGCCAUUGAAACCCUUGUUCCUUAUCCUCCCGAUUAUUCUACUCCCGAAGACCACGAUCGCGACCCCAACUCCUUAUUAAAAGAAAUUAAGGGUGAAAACUCGGGGUUUAGUUCUGGAAAUGGGCAUGCGGAAAACCAACCGGCUGAUGGUGUUAAUUAUGUGCCGAAGGUGGAGAUUAUUCAGAAGCCGCUGGUGUCGGAGAAUGGAUUUACAAACACUCAUAGUGGUACCGACAAGGAUUUCUCCGGUGGUGAAGAGGAGACUACGAGUAGGCGACGACGUCGGAGCCGAUGGGACCCGCAGCCUGAGAGUAAUGAACAGAGUGGUGGUGAAUCUGGGAGUGGUGCGCGCAAGAGGAAGUCUCGUUGGGCUGAUGAUGAUCCCAAACCUGUAAUUCAACUUCCAGAUUUUAUGGGAGGUAUUGAGUUCGACCCUGAAAUUCAAGCUUUGAAUAGUAGGCUUUUAGAAAUUAGUAGAAUGCUUCAAUCUGGUAUGCCGUUGGAUGAUCGGCCUGAAGGUGCUCGUUCUCCUUCGCCGGAGCCAAUUUAUGACAAUAUGGGAAUAAGAAUUAAUACUAGGGAGUAUCGUGCUCGUGAAAAAUUGAACACAGAGAGACAAGAGAUUAUUUCUCAAAUAAUCAAGAAGAACCCUGCUUUUAAGCCUCCAGCAGAUUAUAGGCCUCCGAAGCUUCAGAAGAAGCUUUAUAUACCGAUGAAGGAAUACCCAGGUUACAAUUUUAUUGGGCUGAUUAUUGGUCCUAGAGGUAAUACACAGAAGAGGAUGGAGAAACAAACUGGCGCAAAAAUUGUAAUUAGGGGAAAAGGGUCUGUAAAAGAAGGUAGAUUGCAACAGAAGAGGGAUUUAAAGCAUGAUCCUGCAGAGAACGAGGAUUUGCAUGUUCUAGUUGAGGCUGAAACGCAGGAAUCACUAGAAGCUGCGGCGGAAAUGGUAGAGAAGCUUUUGCAGCCUGUUGACGAAGUUUUGAAUGAGCAUAAGAGGCAGCAACUUAGGGAACUUGCUGCCUUGAAUGGAACCAUAAGGGAUGAAGAAUUCUGUAGGUUGUGUGGCGAGGCUGGGCAUCGUCAAUAUGCUUGCCCUUCGCGGACAUCCACAUUCAAGAGUGAUGUACUCUGUAAAAUAUGUGGUGAUGGUGGGCAUCCAACAAUUGAUUGUCCAGUGAAGGGGACAACUGGGAAAAAGAUGGAUGAUGAAUAUCAGAAUUUCUUGGCAGAGUUAGGAGGUACAAUUCCCGAAUCAGCAACCAAGCAGACCCCUACAUUAGCAAUAGGUUCUGGCACUUCAGGAACCAACCCUCCUUGGGCUAACAAUACAACUAGCGCUAGCAAUACACCACAAGCAAGCGUUGGUGCGAAUGGAGUGAAGCCUGCUAAGGAAUAUGACGAUACAAACUUGUAUAUAGGUUAUUUGCCUCCUACUUUUGAUGAUGAUGGUUUGAUUAGAUUAUUUUCAACAUUUGGCGAUAUUGUGAUGGCUAAGGUCAUUAAGGAUAGGGUUUCCGGAUUGAGCAAAGGUUAUGGAUUUGUGAAGUAUUCUGAUAUUCAGAUGGCUAAUAAUGCAAUUGCCAGCAUGAAUGGUUAUCGUCUAGAAGGCCGAACGAUUGCUGUUAGAGUUGCUGGGAAGCCACCACAGCCUACUGUGCCUCCUUGCCCUCCAGCAUCGACUGUGCCCACUUACCCCGUUUCAAGCCAGCCUGUUGGUGUCUAUCCGUCCCAGCAGUUUAUGCCCGGUGGUCCUCUUGGGAAUGUUCCUCCACCCACAAGUUAUUCUGCUACCCCAGUUCCAUGGGGUCCUCCAGUUCCUUCUCCGUAUGCUUCUUACCCCCCUCCACCUCCAGGUUCUAACGUCUAUCCGGCUGUUCAGGGUCAGGCUAUGCCUCCUUACGGCGUCCAGUAUUCUCAGGUCCAGACAGCUCCCCCUGGUGCUCCAUCUCAACCUGUGACUUCAGGUGAAGCACAACAGAGUUUUCCUCCGGGAUUGCCAUCUGAAAAUCCUACUAGCCAGCCAUUACAAACUACGGCAUAUGGGAACACUUUAUAUUCGAUGCCACCUAGUGCUCAACCUUCUUACCCGCCUUCAUAUGGUUAUUCGGCUUAUUAUAGUGCGGUCUCUACUCAUCCGUUGCCCAUGUCUGCGCCAACUACGGAUCAGCCUCAACCGCCCAGCGGGGCUGCUCCUUGGGCUACAAAUCCUCCAAUGCCUCCUCCCAUGCCUUCUGCUGAGAAGACGUCAUCAGGUGCAGAUGCUGAGUACGAAAAGUUCAUGGCAGAUAUGAAAUGAUUCGAGUUGUGAUUGAUCAUAGUUUGAAUUUGGAGGAGGACUGAUGUUUCUUGGAGCUGAUUACUUACCCCUUGCCAUGACUUUGUUGGAAGUUUGGGACUCACCUCUUUAACCUUGCUGUACUGUCUUGACAUUUGCAGAGAUUCAGGCUAGAAGUCCUUGUCACAUUGCCUUGUAUUGAAGGAGCAAAUUUGAGCAUAUUAUUGAAGGAUUUGGUUCUGUUCCUUAUGCAUUAGCUAUCUAACAAUGUCUGGUUGAUUUUUGCUCUUCUAUUAUUAUUUUUAUUAUUAUUAUUAUUACUACUUUCUUUAUUACCUACUUCACAGAUUUAGGUAAUGAUACUUCAUCAUGCGUACUUGUUACUUAUCCUAACAGUUUAUUGAUCAUUGCUUUCUGUUUUGACGUUCUAAGUAAUCUCUUAUUGUCAUGGUGUUGAUGCCUUCCAUCAAUUUGAUCCAGCAGGUAAUCUUGCCCUCUAUUUCCAUGUGAAUGGUGUGGUAGAUGGAAGAACUGGUUUAACAUUUCUUCUAGUAGAUGUAUGUUGAUUGCUUGGGCUAACAUGUUUCUGUUCUACAUAAUAUGCUUUCUGUUUUGAGGGUUCUAAAUUAGUUUAGUAUUAUUGGUGGUGGUGAUGGUAUACUUCGUGCCUUCCAUCAAUCCAUCUUGAAGGGAUCAUGCCUUACAAUUUUGACGCAUGGGGGUAUGUGGAAAAAUUAUCUUCAUUUAAGCGUCUUUAAUCCUUUCUUCACGUUUCUAAUAUCUUCUGAUCACUUUUUCUAGUUCUCUUAUGGCAGGUUAAAGAUGUCGGGACUUGUUAAAUCACAGGCUAGUCAGUUUGUGUAUUAUAAUUUGAUUGCCAAAUAUUUGUUGGCUUGUGCCCAAGUGCUAGGUAACUUAUUUUGGUGUCAAUAUUUAUUUUGUGUCAGAAUAAUUCACCCGGACUCAAUUGGAUAGUGAUAGGGUUCCAGAGACUAACAACUUGAGCAAGUUCAGUGGUUCACGUAGUAGUAGAUUACUAAGUUCAAAUUGAGUCCAUCCUACAGAAUUUAGCUCCUCAUUUUGCCUGAUAUUUUAUAGUCUAUGAUUGUGUGAAGUUGAAAGAGUGAUACUACACCUUUCAUGAAGAGAUUAGUUUAGUUGAUGGAUGAUGGAUACUUCUUUAGUAUGAUUGUAGAUACUGAACAAGUGUUUCCGAGUGUUUUUGAGUGCCAUCUUUGGUUUCCAGGGAACAUUUAUGAUAUACCUGAUCGCUAUUAUUAAAUACAAAAUUUAUUUUGUUCAUCAACUGUAGUCACCUUAUGCUACAAAUGUAUGAAUAACAUAUAUUAUGUGCUUUUUUCAUUCUUACAUUCAGCCCAUUCCUUGGGUAAGCUAUUGUUGAAUCAUGAAGAAGCAUAAAAAAAUGUUACUUUAUAAUUUUAAGUGACAGGGGACUACUGUUAAUUGACAAAAUAGAGGUUAUAAAUAUAUAAUAAUGAUAAGGUCUCAUGUACAAUCUCUGGAAACCAAUGAUGCUACUCAAAUCACGAAAGCUUUUUGUGGCUUCAAUAACAUCGGACUUCCCUGAGUCGGUUGGGGCUUCAUGUUUAACAGGCUUUUCUUGUGACAUAAAGUUCUUUGCCAAAUUAGCAUGUAUAGUUGGUUGUUUGUUUGUGUCAGGGAAAACUUAUGUUAGAUUAUUAUCCUAUUUGUUUUGCACAUUAGCAUAUUCAUUCGAUUCUACAAUUAAGGUUUUUAUUGCGAGUCCUGCAGUUGACGGGAAUUCUUUUUUCCUACUCUCCUAAAGUUUCAAUUUUCCUUCUGACAAAGAGUUAUCUAGUAUUGUCUUGACACACGAAGUUACCUCUUACAAUAGAUUACCUUUAGAAUGCUCUUUGUAGCCCAUUUGUUUCAAGUAUCGCUUUUGCCUGUUGGUUGCGGUGGUCACAGUUUUGUGAAGAACAAAGAGAGUAAUCUAUCAAGGGAGAACUCCAUCCUUAAAAGUUUCGUAUGCUUAUUUAUUUCACCUAGAUAAGUGUUUUCCGCAAUAGUGUCUGUAGGAGGGAUUAGGAUUAGGAUUUUCCUGAGUUUUUUUUAUGACUUAACUAACAUGAUUGUGAGUUCUCAUGUUAAUCGUCAUUAGAUGUUAGAAACGUGCAACUGGGUGGUUUCCGCAGUCUGCGACAGAGGUUGUGGAUUCUUGCUGAUGAAGAACUUGAUUUAUGAUUCUCUGUUUCAAACAGGAAAUCUGUCUCAUACUUUUAGAGGAGGGUAUGGUGGUGUGUUUUGAGGGUAGUUUUAAUUACAGAUAUUAUCCAUGGGAGAGUUGUAUUAUCUUUAUGGCGUAUUGGCAGUGAAGUUACAUCUCUAUAGACCAAAAUUCUGCUUUCUCA